UUUCAUUUUCAGAGAAAAUUUUCUUCUCUUAAAUUAAAUUUUAUUUUUCUUCAAAAAAAAAAUAAUGACGCCUCAUUUGGAAUCUAAUUGGGAGCAUUAUAUUCAACAUGUAAAAUUUUGGAGAACAGAAGUUAAACGUUCACUUGGAGAAAUGAUUAGCAAUUUGGAAAUUGUUUGUAGUGGCAAUGGGAAACCAACAAUUUUUGGACUGGCAGCGGCUCCAGGAGAUUCGUCUUUCAAUCAAAUAUUGAUGCAUGCUGAAAUUUCUUUAGACGAUUUACCUUUAAAUUCUGAUGAUUUAAUGGAAGAACGACCAAUUUUGGAGUUGAAGCCAAUGUUUGAUUUUGCAGCUAAAAUUCAGCCUCAAACCCCUUCAAAAGAUUUAUCAACAGAUGACCAACAACAAUCCAAAUUGCCCUCAGAAUUGGCUCUUCACUAUGAACGUUUACGAGGUCAAUUAUCUUCUGGGGUAGUUUCCUAUGAAAGACAUGCAGAAAAUGGGGCAUUUUUAAUUUGUACAUUUACUCAACUUUUUAUUUAUAAGAAUAAUAUCCGCUCACAAAUUGCUCAAUGGCUACCUCCUCAAUCUUUUUUGAUGAAUGCUUCCUUUUGCAAAAUAACCUCAGAUUUUGUUGCUUUUAUCUCUGGGAAUCAAUUAUUUAUUGAUAGGAAUGGAAUUUGUGUCUUCAAAAGUGACAAUAGUUUACCAAAUACUUCAAACGGUGUUCCAUCAUUUAUUACACAAGAAGAAUUUGAACGUUAUGACGGUUAUUGGUGGAGUCCUACACGAGUAGAAAUUUUGUAUGAAAGGGUUGAUGAAUCUCAAGUUGGACAAAUCGUCCCAGGAGGAUGUGGAGGGGAAUCAAUUCGUUACCCUUUGGCUGGGACAAAAAAUGCUGUUUCAAUGCCUAGAAUAUGUUGUCUUGUAAAUUGUGAUGGUGAAGAUAAUUGUUCAUUUGAUGAUUUGGAACUAGACAAUAAUUUGAAUGAAUUUGUGCCUUGGAUGGAAUAUAUUGUUAGAAUGGGGUGGACAAGUAAAGGAAAUGAGUUUGGUUUUGAUUUUUUAUUUUUUUUUAUAAAUUUUGGAAGACUACAAAAUUUAAUACAGUCGAAUCUUAAUUUUUUACGUAUGUCCUUAGGCUAA